GAUUCAAACUAAUGGAUUUAAGUUGAAACAAUGAAGAUGGAGGUCAAACAAUUAGACAAGUUCUUAUAUGGAUGUGUAAUCCUGGGAGACUUGGUCUCUGUCAGCAGUGUCUGGGGGAAGGUUCAACCCCUUUACAUCCCUGAAAGUCUUGUUUUCUGUAGCAGUGUGACAGUGACACUGGUUCAUGGCUUUACUAUUGGGUUUGUUUGGCAUUUCCUUUUAAUUUCAUUUACCACUGUAAUGGUGAAAGAAGAAAGUGGCCAAUGAAAUAGUGCAGAUUUCUGAUAUUUUAGGAAAUUAUUAUCAUCCUCAUUGUUCAUUUUAGGGAGAAGAUUAAAACCCAGAUGUGAGAGGAUAUUCUGGGACCUGACCCCUGUUCAUAGUUUUAAAAGUUGAACAUCCAAUACUUGAACAGAUUUAGCACGUAAAAUGAUUUGCCCAAAAUUGUGCACAAAAUCCCCAAGAGGACUGGUAAUUCAACAAAUCUGCUGAUCCUCAGUUCAAGUCUGUUGUCACAAAACCACGUGGAUAAAGUCUGUAACAGCAUUUCCUUCCUAGCUUCUUGGGACUCUGGUUCAGCUUUGUGAUGUCUUCCCCUGAAAUUGCUUCCCUUUCUUGGGGUCAGAUGAAGGUGAAAGGCUGCUCUGCAACAUACAAGGACUGCAAAGUAUGGCCGGGAGGAAGCCGGACGUGGGAUUGGCGAGAAACCGGGACCAACCAUUCUCCCGGAGUGCAGCCAGCUGACCUUGAAGAAGUCGUCCAGAAGGGUGUUAAAACUGUAGUGAUUGGUCGUGGCAUGAGUGAGGCUUUGCAGGUUCCAGCAUCCACUGUGGAGUAUCUGAAGAAGAACGGGAUUGACGUGCUGGUGCUGCAGACGGAGAAGGCCGUGGCAGAGUACAAUGCCCUGGCUGCUCGGGGUGUCAAAGUGGGCGGGGUCUUCCAUUCCACCUGCUGAAGCGCAGCUCCCGCCCCGCAGCCAGAUCACGGACACACCUCUGCUGAAUCAAACUGCACUCAGCCGAGUGUGAACUCACGUGCCAAGCCAUUUGUGCACUCACAAUCUAAAAUGCAAAGACAGUUUAUUAGUUCAGGAUUUAAACAAAUCUAAGGCUCAUAAAAGGCGGGGCUGUUAAUGUAAUUAAAUUGUUUAAUUACAGAAUCAUUUCCCUGUAUUGUUGAGAUUGACCUAAUUUUCCUCUGAAGGCUGUCCAUAGUCUUGUUACUUAACUUUUCACCUGUUGACUAAAUUAGGAAAUUAUGUUUUGAAUACUUUUAUUACAUUACUUGCUCAAAUUACAUUAAUGGCUACUGGAACGCAGCCAUAAAAUAGCUAAUGAGCACAAUCAAAUGGAUAUGAAUUGAUGGUAAAGAAGCACUUUACCACCACUGGAUAAAUAAGUUAAAAAUAAAAUAAAUUAAAAGCAAACCCAGAACAUACAACUUUACCUCCUGCAGGUGACUUCAGUCAAGGUAUUUGCCAAUUUAUGAACAUCACAUAAUAGAGCACUUUUAUAUUUUUCAUUGAGCCCUUAUGAAAAAGGGGGAAAAUGUAUAAGCAUAAAACCUGUGCCUUAAAGAAUUUUCUUAUUAAUUUCCGGUUGUGAGGAUUGAGUUGUCUAAUACAUUAUCUAUUCAGAAGUCCCUACACACUUAAAAUAAUCAGAAAGGUGUGUUACAUAACUAGAAUUUGCAGCAUAAAACAUUGAUCUUUAGGAAAUCAGUCGGAAUUGCUGCUUGCAAGGCACUGCUGGCAAGCUGGGGAUAUAUGUGAGACUUGUUACUGGUCAUCACUAUCUGAUGAUUUAAAUGUUGUGCCAACAAACAUUAUUACAUUAAAGAUUUAAACUUUACACUAUUACACUAAA